AUGGGGCAGGAGACUGAGGACUCCCCCAACCAGGAACUGAAGCAGCCCAGCCUGUGGGAGGUGGCCCUGGGGGAGGAGGAAGAGCACGUGGCCUCCUCCUAUGAUCUAGUCCAGUGUCAUGGUUUCCUUUCACAGGACCUGCAGGACACCCAUGCAGCUCGAGGAGCCAAUGUGGGCCGGGAGUGCUGCCUGCAGUACUUCAAAGGAGCCAUUCCUUUCAGGAAGCUGGUGAGGUGGUACCGGACCUCAGGGGACUGUCCCAGGGAUGCCAUCGUGCUGGUGACUCUCCACGGCAGAUCCAUCUGUUCAGACCCCAAGGACGGGUGGGUGAAGAAGGCAGUCAAGUACUUGCAAAACACCACGAAGUCAUGUGACCUGGCCGCCCAGCCGGCCUGACUUCUCCCUGGCCCAUCUGGAGUCUUCCCGCCUCCACGUUCACUACCCCAACCCCGAGCUCCCUGGGUCCAGUGGAGGCCUUACAAGGACAAAGAGGCCCCUGUCCCCUUCUCUGAUUAAAGUUUUUC